AUGCGGGUGCACGAGACAAUGCAUGCCGGGUGGUCUCCCCCGACGCUCGAGGCCAACGAGUCAUAUUUCUGCGCCAGCGACCAGACGACGAUCGACGACAACUCCAAGUGGCUCGUGGCGCUGAGCCGGGGUGUGACCUACUUUAGCCCGUCGACCAACACGAAUACGAACAAGAAGUUCCACUGGUUCGACAUAUCCAAGUGCACGAGUUUCUUCACCAAGCCUACACGCAAGGAGAAUCCAUCCGACCGUCCUCCGAUGUGCAACGACAACGAGUUUGAUUCGCUACAAUACGAAGACGCGCGAGCCGCAGCUUUUGAAGCGCCGUGGACUCAAAACAUCCCAAGUGCACCUUCCGCCGAGAUUACCACGUCGGCUGUCGAUGGCGUCCCGGUCUUGGCCCAGCUCCACGCCGUCCUCGUCCUGUACAACCGGCGCCUCGACGACGGCUACCUCCCGCACCUCUUUUUCGAGCGACUUUUGCGUUCGAUCGAGCUCUAUGGGCCGCACUGCCCUCUCGACAUGGCGUACGUUCUUGGUGACAUGAUGACACGUGCUCUCGAUGCCCACGAUGCGUAUGCCAAAGCGUCGCGCGCCGUGUACUUCUGGUGCAUCGCGGUGACGCCGCAGCUUGACGCGUUUCAAGAGCUUCUGAAGAGCGGCCAUCUCGACGAUGCACGUACGGUCUUGCACUCCGUCUACAUCGGCAGUGCUGACGCCAUGAAGACGGCCACGGGAGCCCUCGCGACCACAAAAGCGCUCUUGACGUAUGUUGAAGACGAAGCGAUGCUGUUCAGUGCCCGCAUGCGCACCGGCAGCCUUGACCAAACGCCAGCAACUACGGACGGCACCAAGGAGACCAUAAUGUCAGAGACAAGUGCCCACGGUGCGAUGACGCUGGUGACGUCAGAGACGAUGACGACGUCGUCCGCAUUGGUGUCAUUGGUACCGGAAAAGAUGCAGCAAAUACGCAAGACCAUUUACAAGGCAUACAGCGCCUGCAAAGAAGCGUCGAUUCUACCGUGGACAGCACAGCCCACGACAACUUGUCCGCCGAUGACGAUCGACAGUACCAUGGCGGACGCUCUGCGCAAACUGGCCACACGGUUGCACACGAUGGCUGGCCACAUCGAGAUGGGUCUGGAGGGUCUCGCGACAACCGACGUUGGCUCGCUUGUAGCGAAGGAGGUCCAGCACCCCACGGACCUUGGCAAAAACGCUCGAGCCCACUGUGAGGCCGCGUCCGCCUUGUGCAAUGCAUGCAAUGAAUUUAUUCGCAACCACAAGAGCCACUACGCUUGCGAUCUAGCGACGACAUUGUAA